UGGCACUCACUCGCUCUCCGGUGCGCCUCGGAGACGGACGGGGAAGUGAAACGCGCAACAACCGUCACGGCGCAUCGUGUUCUUUUAGAGACAACCAAUCUUGAACACACCUAUCCGAGCGGAAAAAAAACAGAAACACCUCCGCGGAAUUUGCUGAAGCCACCGGUAAACGAUACUCUCUGAACCGGGUUAUUUUUAGUCCCCCAACCGCUGCAAUGAGUGGCUGCGAGUCGGAUCUGAGACCGAGUACAUGAAGCCCCAGCUCGGAGCUCAGCAACUAUGAAGUCUCGGCGAGAUAAACUGAAGAUCCCCUCUCUGACUCUGGAGUAAGUCCAUUUUUUUAUUUACUUCAUCUGGUACCAUAUGUUUUCAUGAGCUACUUUUGCCUUUAGAGUUGUUCUCAGAGUGAAGGAGUUGAAUCUAACGUGCUGUUGUUUGUUCACUGUUUAGAGAAGGCUGCUUGAGUGUAAACACAGACUUUUGCAUGUGUUGCUCAAAGCUGUGAGACCCAAACAGCCGGCAGUCUGAUGGAAAUGCUAAUAAGAUUCAUAUUUCCUCUGAGGGUGAUGGCAUUAGCUCGAGGCUUAACUAGUUUACAGUUUCAGGGUUUUGUUAUAGUUUGUGUUUUGAGGACACAACUACUGAAGUUACAGGUGUUUCAUCAGGUGCGCAACUCUUAGAAAUGAGAAGUUUUCUCUUCAAGGAAAGCUCAGGGAGGGAAUGAAUGGCAGUUUCUUGUCAGUGUUUUUAUUUUUAACUAUGAUUAACCUCAUCGGAUUAAGAGAAAUCCAGCUUUGUACAAUGCGUAGCUGGCAACAAUGAUCAAACAAAGAUGGUACACAGUAUUGAAGUAUUGAAAUAACCGUGGCUUUAGGUUUACCUAUCUGUGUUUACUUGUUUCACUUCCUCAAAAAUGUCACUUUUACCAUUUUUUUCUCCACAGGCGUUCCCUUUGUUUCAGAGGGACUGCUCAUAGCUCAAUGUGAUUCCUGUCCUCAUGUUGUUUUGUUGUUUUCCAGCUCUUUUGUCUUCUUUUUUUAACCUCACAUGGUGUCUUUGCGCCUCGAUUCCUGCAUGAAUCACACGCUCCCCCUCGCAGCGCCAACCAACCCAAAAGGCUUGCGGUUUGAAGUAGAAGGUCUAUUUUAUUUUAGUGUAAUUGCUAACCUGCGAAUCCUGUUCCCAUCAAAAGGACAUGGCUGCGGUCCUAUAUCCGCCCACUCUUCCUCCACUGUGGUUGUAGCCUCUUUUUUUUCUCAUGGGGAGGCAGGGUGGGGGGGCUACCUGCUGCCCAUUAGAUACUGAUCCAUCCAUAAGGCGUAGGAGCUCCCUGCACACAUUCUGUGAUCCAUCCAUCUGCCUCCUCUGUGCAUCAUUUCAGCUGAGCAUGUGCUGUUUGUGCUCCAUCUUCAUUUUUAGGCUUUUACUGUAACUGCUCCCGCACAGAGAUGCAGAGGAGGUUUCAUACUAAAUGCAGGGAGGGGCUCUGGGCUUUAGAAGAUGCUGUUGAUAGACCAUCAAACCAGACACGCUUUUGGUUGACAACAGCUGACAUACAUUUCAUGAACAAGACAACAAAGCAUGGCAUGAUAUGUCUGUGUUCAGAUUUAAUUGUUUAGGAGAACUCUGCUGAGCAAGUACACAACUUUCUAAGAAUUAACCCUUGUGCAAGAGAGCGUGCCUAUCUGGUACAUUCAAGUUUUUAUUGACAAGAUCAGAGUUAUUCGUAGAGGAAAUUUUAGAUUUGUUGGUCCUUAGAUUUCUAUUCCCAGAGUGAGCAUGUAAAACACUUUUUCUGUUUUCAUAUUCCAGUGUUUGUUUUGUGAUUUGAAAAUCCUCAGCUUGGAUGCCUAAUAUGACAAAAUAUUUCUGUCUAAGCAGGUUCUCUUAGACACAAAUAGCAUUUCUGUCACCACUGUUAUUGUUUUUGCUGUGGAAACCAUCCAGCUGCUUUCCUGCCUGAUGCUAAAACAAAAAUGUUGGUGUUUUGAAGCAGCCUGAUGUUUUUUCUCAGUUUACACACAGGGCAGGAGUGCUAUCAAAAUGGAAAUAGGAAAUGGAAAUUAAGGAUGAUUACUCAGUCGAGCACAGUUAAGAGCUUGGGUUUAGGGGUUUCAAGGAGAAAAUGUGUUGGGAUGAAACACAGCCUAAUGAGUUUGUUUAAUUAUAAGCCAACACUACAGGAUGUGGAGUCUUUGUGAGAGGACUUGUUUUUCCUACCAUCCUCUCUGCAUUACUAUGACAACACGUUCAUUAUUGCUUUGCUAGCCGAUGCUGUGUUUAGCACUGAGAAGCCUCUGCAGUGCUGAGACAAUAGUGUGAGCAGUGUGGAGCCCACAAGGCAGAGCCUACAUCAGAGCAGGAAAUCAAUAAUAAAAACAGCUCGGAUGCUGGGUCAGCAUCGUGAGGGUUGGAGACAUGAGGAAGGCUGAGCAUGCAUAUUCUGAUACAAAACAAUAUGUGAAAAAUGAAACAGUGGUUAAUACUUAUUGUAAAUCAUUUUGUCAGAGGAUUUUUUUCGGUGUAUGUCAGGCAGACAGGAACCCAAAAUGCAAUGCUCUGGUGAUUUUGUGAACUUAAAAAUAGGUUUAUAUUUUUUGGUACCACUCUCUGCCUAGAUUUGCCCUCAGUCUGCCUGAAAAAAUAUGGCUACGUUCACACUGCAGGUUAUGAUGCACAAUUCGGAUUUUUUGUUAAAUCCGAUCUCUUUGUGUGGUCGGUCACAUUACAAGAACGAACAACGGUGACAUUUGUGGCAUAUUGAUGACGUAUAGGUCGGAUGAACGCGACCUGAGCGUCCAGACUGCAGUCACAUCGGAUACAUAUGCGAUUUAAAAUCAGAAUUGUGCUGUUCACACUCACAUGAAAAAAUCUGUGUCACAUAUGGUUCAAAAAAACAGAAUUGACCUGCAGUGUGAACAUAGCCUAUGUGAUAUUGGUGGAUCCCAUAACCAUUUAGUCUCAAAAAUCAUCUGGUAUUUGGAUGGAUAUAGGUAUCAGCCAACAUUAUCAGUUCAUAGACUUGGGAAGGAAAAAAAGAUUUCAAGCUCUCUAAGUACUAGUCAAAUUUCAUUUCCAAUACCAGUACUUUUGUUGGUCUCUAAUUCUGUGUAUGCUGAAGUUGUUCCAUUACCAGCACUGGCAGAUGACAAAGCAGUUAGCAUCAGCUGAGAGUUUAACAAUUUGUCAGUGAGAUGUCAACAGUGUUUUGAAUGGUGUGUACUCCUUUUAAACAUACUGGUGAAAAGGGGGUACUUGGUAUCAGGCCAGUACUCAAGUCAGGGUAUUGGAACCAGUAUCAGAAGAGAAAAGCUGCUAUUGACACAUCCCCAGUCCAUGUUAACAUCAUGUAUUAUCUAAUGUCAGACCUUUGACUUUCAACAAAUGUGAUUAAUGAUGAAACUUCUCUCUUGUGUGUCAACAUCCAACUGAAAACUCUGUCUAGUGUGAAACUCAGAGAGAUUUAAAGCCAGCUUAUUGGGUGCAUUAAGUUUUGCAUACACCCACCCUAUACUAAGCUAUUCCAACAUUACCCUGCAGUCAUCUAUUGACUGUCUGUCACCAUUGGCUGUUGACGUAAACCAAUCACAGGCAGCUAUCAACCUCUAGCCUGGACCAAAGCUCUGCUGGCGCCUGAUUACGUAUACCACUAAACUCGUGCUGAGUCAGUUAUCUAAUUCACGCCACCAUAUCUUGCCUUACAGUUUGUCGCCGACAUGCCAGAGCCCCACCCUCCUGAGCCCAUGCAGCCCCUGCAGCCCUUGCAGCCCGUUACAAACCCUUCAUCCCUGGAGGUAAGACAGCCGGGUCACACACAGACUGUUUCAAUGCACUGAACAUAUACAGUGACUGACGUCAAUGAGUUAUUUCUUCACACAGACUAACAAUUACUGAUUCAUACAAGAAGGCUUAAAAGAAAAUGUAUCUUUACACUUAAUAAGAAACCCCUUUAUUGAUAAAAAUGGACAAGGGUAAUGUAGUUUACGUUGGCUCAGUCCCAUGAACAUCAUGCUGCUGCAGCAAACAACUUAAAGCCCCAAAUGUGUAUUAAUCUGCUAAUCUCCAACGAACCAUUACGGUAAUUUGAUUUCUGUGUUGUUUUUGUUUCAACUAGAGUGCACUGAAGGUUAAGGUAAUUAAUUUGAAAGAACUGUGCAAUGCUGAGCAAUUUUUUAAACAUUUAGUGUCUCCAUAAAUUAAUAAAGGACCUUGGGGUGAAGAGUUGCAGACAGCGUGAUACCACAAACUACUGACUGACAGACUGAAACACUGUUUUAGAUAUUUUUCAUACUGUAAUGGAUUUUCUUUCACAAAAGAAGAAGUAUUCAACAUUACUGAUCUUGUUAUCAGACAUUGUAGGAUUUGCCCUGUGGUGAUAUUGAUAUAAUCUGUUGUAUUUAUACCUAUCAGUAUCACAUUGUAUCGUAUUGAUCGCUAUCAGUUAGAACAGUUUUGAAGUAACAACAUUUGGGUCAUUCAAAAAUACAACUGAAUUGACGUUUAGGCACAUAGAUGAAAAGUUAUCUCUUUAUCAUUUUAAUUGUGGUUCUGAAUGACUGAUCUGUCAUUUAUUUUUAUGAAUGAUUGCUGGUGUAAAUUUGAUGUAGUGAGUAAGAUGGUGUGACAUGAACAGCAAUAAAUGGACUAUGAAGUACAAUUGUUUUGUGGACUAAUAGAAGACCUGUUUGUCGAUCCAUAACAAAAUCACAGCAGAGAAAACUGAUAGAAAGCUUUACAUAGUCUGACAGGAGCAGUUUGUGGGUUGAUGUGGAUGUAAAUGUAUGAAAGAGGAGUAUAUUUUUAUGUAUCAGAUUCCAACAUAGAAUUAAAGACAAUUCAUUUCUACAAAGCUUUCCAUAUGUUUGAAUCUGGUCUGGUAGUGAAAUGGACAUCAGCUCACCUAUGUGUAUAAAAGAAACAACAGAUGUAUGUUAGGGUACUUCUUUUUUACCAGUUGUCUCUAAGUCUGUGUGGGUUGCUUGGCAACGCUGUUGGGUGCUGUGGAGGAAGGCAAGACUGCAAACAUAGGCAGCUGCAUCCAGCAUGUUUCUGGAUGUGUGAGUGGUACCAGGCUGUCACUCCACACACUGCACUGUAACAAAUUUCAAUUUGUGUGUUGGUAAAGAGAAAAUCUGAGGCAAUAUGAGCACAUUUUCACAGACUGAGGUAAUCUGACACAGUAUGGUGGGUUGCACAUUUGUUGGCAUCCUUUCUCUGCGAUUUUUACCCUGAAAUCCCUGUUUGUUCACCAGCCAGGAACAUAUACACUCUCUUGCAUCAGAAUCUAUGUUUGUAUGCAUGUAAAUGGCUCUCCUGCAUCACACUUCUCUUCUGAUACACACGGUGAUUGCAUUGAUGAAUCAUGUAUGAUGAGUGCUUAUUAGCACAUGCUCCACAAUUUGUAUGUUGUUCAUACAGAGUUUGCAACAAGUUUAACUUAUACUACAUUCAGUCAUUUUUCACUUUGUACAGAUUAACAUGGGCCCUGUAGAUGUCCUAACUGGAACAAAUCAUGAAUCCAUUAAAACAACAUGAAUCAAUAAAUCACUGACAACAUUUAGAAAAUUAGACUUCAUUUUUGUUGUGAUCUGCAACAGCAGUGGCACAAUGGUUUAGUUUAAGUCCACCUUGCCAACAGUGUUUCAUUUCAAUAUGAGAGGAAUUUAAACAUUUCUACCUCCCUUUUUAACAGAGAAUCAUUCCUAUUAAAGUUUGAGUUUCAGGAGCAGUUCUGAUCACUAAACAACUAAACAGGAGUGAAUAGUUUGUAGUGUUUUUGGAUAGCUGCCCAAAUAAGAAACUGACAUUUCUACACUGACUAAAGUACAGUACCAUCCCUCGAGGUAGACUACUAUGAUAUGCAGAGGAAAAUACCACUGCACAGAAGUUUGGCAAGAGUCCACCCUCGACCAGACACCUUAUGGUACAACCCAACAACAAAAUUUCAAGUUGCUUUCAAGGUAUGUAGGAAAUUGUCAAUGCAGUGAAAUCGCACCGAUAUAACUGGAGAGGCAAAUAGUGUUUCCUUGGCUUUGGUAACCAAGAUUAACUUUGACAAAAUAGUCUGUGUUAAAACUAGGAAGGUGUUUAUUGCCACUGUGUUGGGCCUGAUACAGAAAUAAAUAAUGUCAAAAAAAAAAGAGAGCAGCUAACAUAUGUCAGGGCUUAACAAUGAAAAACAGCCUCCUAGUCUAAUUCAAAACUGUAUUUUUUUCUGAUUAAAAAUGGGCAUUGGCACGAUAAAGACCAUAAAUUAUCCUUUCAAGGUUAAUUUAUAAGCAUGGUAGCAAAGUAUUGGAUUGUUGCUGAUAUUUUUAACUUCAUUUUGACUAAUACUGAAAUUGACUUCAGUUCCUUUUUCUUUAUAAAUGACCUCAAAUCUUUCCUGUAAUAAAAAAAAAUAGCUGUUGUUAUUAUUAUUGCAUUGUUACAACUAUUAUUACAAUGAUAAUAUGAUAACAGGUAAUACUGAUGAUUAUAGAAAUGAUAAAAUAGAGCAACAGAAAUGAACAAGGGAUAAAACAAUAAAAGGCCUAAAAGGUGAAUUAAGAAAAGAGUACAAGUAACACAAAAGCUAAAAAGACAGUAAAGCAGAAUAAGAAAGAGGCAAGAGAGUUUUGAAAUUUGACUUAUUUACUAAUAAAGAAUAAACUAAUAUUUGCGCAUAUUGCCCUCCAGAAUACCUGAAUUGUAUUGCAUUCACAGGCAGUGCAACCUAGUGCUGUUUCUGAUAAUCUCAUAAAUACAAAUAACAUCUUUUGCAGUGGUUAUAUUUGCUUUUUUGAGAUUGUGGCUUUUGGGCAGUUGUGUCAAGCUCACAAACAAAACAGUAAACUUUGGUAGUCUCUAAACAAAGACGUUCAGCAGACGGUGAGAAGCUGAAGUAACGAGCAGCACUUGAACGCAGCACCAGACUCCAGCCUGCUCACACGGACACACACGCUACCAGCAGCAGCGAGGUCUGUUUAGUAAAACUAAAGUGUGCCGCCGCGGUGUGGACGGUAUCACGAAGCCAGCCAGCCAGCCAGCCGCCAUGGGGGUGAUUCCCGGGGGACAAGAGGCCCGUGGUCGGGAAGCUGACCGGAGGAUGUAACGGCUGCCCCGAAGCGGUUUGGUCUUCACGAGGCAGACAGAGUGUGUGUGUGUGUGUGUGUGUGUGUGUGUGAAUACAAAAGGACCCGCCGGAGAAGAGAGGAGACGAUGGUGGGGAGAGAAGCAGAGGGAGCGGGUUUUUUGUCGACCUGGGCUUUCAGCAAACUACAUCAACUUUAAAACGGGGAUUAUGUAAAAAGAAAGAAAAAGCAAAAUCCUCCAGCAUGUCUGAUCCAAGUCAGUGGUCUGCGAUGCCGAGCCAGAACAAGUCUCAUUUUGUUCCGGGAGCGUUGCUGAAGCGCUCGAAAAGGUAGUUAUGAUCCAGAGUUUUGAUGUGUGGACGUGUUAUUCAUGCUGUCUGAAGGUGUUUUACGUGAAAAAUAUCAUGUAUUUAUGUAUUCUACUCCUAGUCUUUUGUAUAGUCUCACAAACUUGUUUCACUCGAUGUGAAAACGCUCUCAAAGAUAAGAUAACAUCAUGUUGUUAGACGCACCGAGUUAGCUCCUCUCAGAAAGCCGAUUGCUAGUUGACGUUAAUCCAGUUUGUUCACUUUAAAGCAUGGCUAUGUGUUUUAUGUUUCAUGUCUGCUCAGACAUUUGACCUCUAAGAUACAACUAAUGCAGAUACAUUGUUAUAGACGAGGCUUCAAAUAUUAUUUAAUGUACUUUUUGUAGCACGUCUGUACUGAGAAAUACAACUGUUGGCUUCAGCACAACAUUCAGAAGUAGACUGAUAGUUGAUCAUGUUUGCUGGUUAAAAGUGUGUGUGAGUGUCCCCUUCAUUUUGCAACAAAGUCAAAUGGAAUAGUACUUUUAUAGCAGCACAUUCAAAGAAAUAGGAGUAAAUGUAAUAUAUCCAUAUCCAACUCCUAUUGACCUAAACCUUUGAGUCCCCAUCUCAUCUUCCCAACAGCCCAAAACAACAGUUAUACAACUGGUACCUACUGACACUCUUAAUCCAUUUUUGUUGUACAUUGACUCCCAAUUUCAUUCCUCUUCAAUUCUUGUUGUACUGAUCACAUCCUUCACUUUAUGAACCAGGGUUAAAUAGUUUACCAGAUAUCAGAUACGUAUCUUUGUGUGAUUGUCUUGCAAUUCAUCAAUAAUUAGGGAUGGGAAUCAAGAACCGGUUCUUGUCGAGAACCGAUUUCAAAUAGCUCAAUUCAUCAACAUCAUUUACAUUUUAUCUUUACGAUUCACUUAACAAUUCCUUUCUUCGGGGUGCCUUGAAAAACGGUCUCAUGAGAGCCGGUCUACGCGGAAACGAUCGAAAGUGUGGCUUCAUUUUACUAAGAAAGACGACGACAGGUUGUGUGUGGAAGUUUUGAGUUUUAUGUACUGUGGACUGAGUUAAAAGCGCAUAAAAACACUCCAAAAUUUUGCGCGCAACUCCGCUCCGCUGUAGUAGUGUCCUCAAUAAUGUGGUCACCAUAAUUUGAUUUGGUACCGACUGAAGUAAACGCUGUACAAAUUGUUUGUCGUUUGAUUAUUUUUAGACUCUCACUGAAGGUGGCAUCCAUCUUUUUCAGUUAUCGGAGACCUAAUAAAAUUUUGGGUUAACAGUGAAAACCUAUACUUUUUUUUAAAUCAAAGAAAGGCAUUGAUAAUCGAUAAGCAAAAUCGAUAAAGGCAUCAAUAUCUAUAAAAUCUUAUCAAUUCCUAUCCCUAUCAAUAAUUGCAUAACUGGCUUUGUUUUUUUGUUUUUUUUUAGAGAAACACAGUAUUCAGCAUCUGUGCGUAAAAACUUGAUCGAAUGUGAAUAUACUAGAGUUUGACUAAUCAUGUCAGCACUAUAGCAGAUUCCUCACCCUGGUGUCACAGUAAAAUCUACUCAAUUGAAUGUUAUUGGUCAAAGUUUACCCCUUCUUUUCAGAACCAGAGGAUUGUAAAGCCCCCUUCCCUCCUUUUAUUCUGCCACCCAACACACACACACACACACACACUCACUCGCUUACACAGACAUCUUGGACAUCUGUGGCUCAAGCUGGUCCUGCUGUUGCUGUCAGCUCACACACUCCCAGUCUGUUGACAGGACGUUUCCUCUUUGUGUUUUGGCUCUCAUCAGUUCGCGCUGCUCAUCUAACAUAGCCAUGCUGGUGUUGCAUGCAUCUGCCAGCAGAUUACAGUUGUAAUUACGUAAACAUCGCUUAAGGCAGAGCAGCUCCGGGGGCGGAAAUAAUCUUGUCGGUCAAGUUAAAACCUCAGUAGGCAGAGACAAAGCCAUCUUAACUCUUCCAGUUCAACCAUAUCUUUUUGAGUCUGUAAAACAGUGUGUAUUUUUUCACAUCGCUAAGUAAUUGAAGCAAAAAUAUGGACCUGAUUGUUUCAAACAUCAACCUGUCUAUCACACAAACUAAGCUCAUAAUUUGAAUAUGAUUAUCCCUGGUGUUUUACAUUCUGGAUAGCCUCCAGAUGUGAUCUCCUGUGCUUGAUGUGUAGACAUUACACACUGUCUACUGUUGACAGGAGGAAUUUCACUGAACUUUAUUGUCUUCCUCGUCUGUCUUUUGAUGCUGAUUGGCUCAGUUUACAUCACAAAGCCAAGUACCUGAAAAACCCUCCUAGUUUGACAAAUAAAUCAGAGGUGUAUUAAGAAAAAAAAUGUCUGUUUGAAGCUUGUGUAAAAGUACGACCUUUUCCUUAAAUAUAUAUUUUCUGGCUAAGAAUUCAGAAAAUAACCUAAAGCAUUAUCAGCAAUGAUAUUAAUGGUUCACUUCUCUACUUAAAGUAAUGUCAACAUGUUUGCAUGUUUACAAAGGUGAAUGGAGUUUGCCAGUAAGCUAGACUGGCUUGGCCACACAUGUGUAAUUAAGGAUCAUUGUGCACACCCUUGUUUACCUGGUGUGUGACAAUAAAAUCUAUCCAUUUAAAGUUAAAUUGCUUUGCAAACUUUAAAAAAAACCUUGCCACGCAUGCACUUUUAAAAUGUGAGAUGUUUCGUAUUUGUUGCAUAGGAAUACAUUGUACAAAGAAUUUUGAAAAGGUAGUAAAAUUUGUCAUGUGAAGAACAUCAGCAGUGUUUUAGACAGAAACCACUUAAGGUCAGGUUCCCUGACUUCCGGUUGACCCGAAAGGAACAUGCUAUGUUGCUUUUUAAGCUUCUGCAGUAUUUAGAUUACUUACAGCUUAGUUGAUCACAGUCUGCCUCUAUCAGGUCAAGUGUCUCUUUAAUCUGCCCAGCAGUGUGUCAUAAAUUGUGUUGUUGUGUUCUCAGUCCAGUGUGAAAGAUGUCAGACAGACCGGUUAAUGUAAGGUUUAUGCAUACAGAAGCAAUAAAAGUCAGAUAAAUACGGACCAGCAUAAGUGCUCUGAUUUAAAAUGUUGUUUUUAUUCUUUGAAUUGUUCAGUUUGACAGCUCAGUGUUAAAAAACACUCACCCAGUCCAAUUUUUCAGCAGUGACACUGCACUGAAUGACAUUUUAAGCCCUUUGUAUCAACUUUAAGAGAAUUAUAUAACAACUUGCAGCCACUUGAAGCUUGCCUGAAAAUGAUGAGGAGGAGCAGGGAUAGAUAUUCUCAGCCGUUUGUAUGCCUUAGAUGAUUAACACAACAAAGACAAUGCAAUCCAAACAUUACAGUAGCUGACAGACUUUGGUAGACCUGCUCUGCUUUCCCUGAUUUUCCCAUAUGACCACUGUUUUUUUUCUAGAAAGACAGCAAAAUAAGUCCCAAUAAUAGUGACAAGAUUCUUUUCUAUAAAUCAACACAUGACUCAAUGAAUACACAAACAGCCUUUUGUUGCAAUAAAGGUUAUACUGACGCAGAUUUAGCUGGCUAACAGGUGAUGUCAGUCACUUACUAUGCAAACCACAGGGACAUUUUCAUACAGACUGUGAUGGGUGCUGUGUGUUGAUGCUGGCAGUCUGCUCAAUCUCCCUCUUUGCUUGUUUGUGCCCCAGCUGUCGCAGCAGCAACAGGAAGAGCCUCGGCGUCGGGACGCCAUCGCCCACGCUGUCCCGGCCGCUCUCACCGCUCUCGUUGCACACCGGUAAGAUCUAAUGUGACGUUUGGUAACCUUUAAUCCAAGCAAGUCCCAACAGGAGCACUGCUGCAAAAACCAUGUUAGUACUGGCUCGAAUUUAGCUGCACAUAGUAACACACUGUAUUGGCAAAUGCAAAUCAAAUACAGCCGUGGAUUUAUCGCUAUCAGAGCACCUCAAAGAGUCAGACUGAUUUAGAUUUUAAAAAGCUCAGCUGCAGCUGCUGUCUGCUACCUUCAUGCUUAAUUGACCUUUAAACUGGACUGUCUGGUUUGUAAUUCGGCUGUGCCUUGCAGAAGCAUGUCUGCACCAGUGCAGCCUGAUGCAUUGUUUUCUUAUUCCUUCUCUUGCCAUUCAAACCCAGCAGGAUGAACCAAGAAGAGCUUGUGUUUGUCCACACUGUUAAGAACAGAUAUUUUAAGUUAGCUGGAAACAUUCAGAUCAGGCCAAAUAUGUUUUGAAGACUUCUUAGGUAAAGGAGGAGUCACACCAGAAAAGAAAUUCUCCAUUUCCUAUUUGUCAGCUUAACAGGACUAUUAGAUUUCACAGUGGUUGAUUAAUGACCUCCAAUUAAAGUUGCAAACGAACACAUCAUUGUUUCCCAUGUAGCGUGCUACUAAAGUAUCAGCCGCUCUCACGUUACCGUUUGUGAGCUGUAGGGCACCUUGCCUUGCCACAUGCUCGCUAAGACACCAUUAAGCUUGUUUAACACUCACUUGUAAGCCGAAGUGGAGCCCAUAUCAGGUUGACACGAAAGCAAAGGCUUAUUCAACCGAAACCUGCUAUCUGCUCUCAAACAUCGGCUUUCAAGUAAAAUCUUAACAUCACAACUGAAUAAAUAAGUUUAUGAAAGAGAGGCACUUGUUGAUAGUGUGAGGAUGGUGGUGCUGACGUUGAAAUGCCAUGUCAGGACGGAAGCGUGGGGCAGUAGUUGGUCAGCAUCAAAGGAGGUGCAGUGUUGGGAAAAGAGACAGGAAAUGUAACGAAUGAACUACAGAGCAGAUACAGACAAUAAAAAUAACAUUACAAGGAAAAUAGUCUGAACAUAUUCUGAGCUUAUACUAAUAUAAGAUCAUGUCUGACUAUGAUAAACCCUGUAAUUUGUUUUAUGUUAAAGGGAUAUUCCAGCGUAAAAUUAGUUUAGGGUCAAACAAACCGUAACACUGAGUUAGACACCCCUUCAAGAGAUGAAUGUUGCCGACCGCUUGCUUCUCUAGUUAUACCAACUUUAGUAACGACUGCACAAUCGCAAUACACAGCAGUCUAUGGAGCCACACACAAACCUCAACCAAAACGCCACUCUAUAACCACAAAUAAUACUCAGAACAGCACCUAACUUCAUCAACAGUACAUAUGGGGUCCAAGCCACAACACCAGCCACCAAACUUUUUUUUAAGUUUGCCUGAUUUCUUUAGCAAAGAGACUAAACACAACUCACCCACUCUCUUCAAGCAGCCUAGACAUCGGGCCAGUCCAUUACAGACUACAGCGGGGUGACGCAGCUCAAGGAAGAACAUUUAUGAUCAUUUCUUUAUCAUUACCUUAAAGUAGUAAUUACACUAUUAAUCAUUUUGCACUGCAGAUGCGGUGGUUUUUUUGCCUUAGCGUCCCGGUCUGAUUGCAUUUCCAUGAAAAAAAAUUAAAUUGAUAAAUAAUAUUUAUAUAAAAAUAAUAAAUAAAAUAAAGUAAUUUUACGCCAGAAUAUCUCUUUAGAUAAACGGGGAAAAAAAUGAAGAAAUAACCUAAACAUUAUGCAUUUUGAAAGUCUUAAAAAAAGAGUAUUUUCAACAACAUCUUAACUGGCAUUUGUCCAGUUUUCUAUGUAGUCAUUAUCAGGCCUGUUCACUUAUGGCACACUCAUCUUAACUGGCAUUAGUCCAGUUUUCUAUGUAGUCAUUAUCAGGCCUGUUCACUUAUGCCACACUCUUGCAGUAAGUAGUAUUUGUCAACCUAUCAGCUUAAAUCUGAUCAGAAUGGAGUCAGUAUUCUCCUCUCAGAGGCUGAAAUCAGGGACGACACAUCGUCUUGCUUCAUGUUGCCAGGGGAAAUUGCGUAACAGACUUGAAUGCUUGAGCUUCUCAAAUUUUGACAUGCAAAGUUACAAUCUGAUUGAAGGAAUGGAAGUGCACAGAGUGAUGAUGAUAAUUGAGGGGGAGGAUUUUUAAUGAACGGUUGUCUGUCUUCAUCUUUCUGAAUCAACAGCAGUACAGUGUAAGGCCCUUUAAACCAUGAAGCAGCUGCUCUUCAUGAAAGGACUUUUUUAUCAAGAGCUCCUCAUAUCAGCAGUAUGGAGAUGCUCUUUUUAUACUCAAUCACACAGAGGAUUUUCUAAUCACUCAGUGCAAUCAGCUUUUAACCGGUCCUCCCUUUUAAACACUAAUUGGCACUCAACCAUUUGCGUCUAAACAGUCUUGUGUACUCAGACCCUUAGACUGAAGUGGUUGCUCUGGUAGGGGCUUCCCCUCCUGAGUGCUGUGAUGCUCGGAAAAGUCACACCAAGAUGAUAUACUUGACCUUCCAGGAGAGCUGGGUUAAUGCUGCAGUGAUUAAAGGGGAUGCUGCAUGGACACAAAAUCGUCCUUUUGGAACAUUCCCACUUGUAAACGCAGCCUCGUGGACUCUUCUGUUCCCAUUUUGUGAUCAUGAGUUUAUAAUUGCAGGUGUGAAAAUGCCCCCACGGUAACUUUGUCCCUCUCUUUUAAGCAGCGAGCAGCCCUUUGGACAGCCCGCGAAAUGUGUCCACCAGUGCCUGCCUCAACUUUCCAUUUGCCAGAAGGUAUGUCACCAGUGAUCUUCUCAAUCCAUUUACUCCCAAGGGUAGAACGUGUUUUAGCAGAUCUGGAGGGUUCCAGAUUUUGAUGAUUGUAUUCGGUGCUUCAUAGUUGUGCUGUGAGGAUUCAUCAACCAGUUCAGUGACCUUUCCUUUAAGAGUUUACAUGUUCUCUCUAUUCACUGUGUGGGCUCCUCAUGUGUACUCCAUCUUCCUCUCUCUGUCCAAAGACAUGCUCUGUGGGUUAAUUGGUGGCUGUAGGUGUGAAUGUGAGUGUGAGUGGUUAUCUAUCUCUGUAUGUCUGUCCUGUGAUUGUCCAGGGUGUAUCCCAGUGACAGCUGGUAUCCAUACCAACCCCUGGGGAUACUAAAUGGAUUAAGUAGUAAAGAUAAUGGAUUUAUGAUUGUUAUCUGUUUGAACUAUUACAAAAAAGGUUAGACAGGCAUUUGACAGGUUUUGUUUGUUUUAAUAAUUUAUUCAUUUUAAGUGCAUUGACUGUAGUAAAAGCGAUGAAAGGAUAUCCCAGAUUAAGGGACAGAUUACUUAUGAUUCAUUCCAAACUUCAUGUCCGAUGGAUAAACACCAUUAACAUUUACAUUUAUAGCUAUUCAAAUAUUUUCAAUUACAUUCACUGCUAGCAAAACACAGUUUGAGCUUUUGCUGUCGCGUGAUGGUCUCACAAAGAUAUAAGCACAUAGAUGCUGCAUGUGGUUUUUCGGAUGCAUACAUGCUGCCAUUUUGGGGAAGGGCUCUCCACUUUCAAUCCCACCUUAAAACAUAGUCAGCAUAAGGUGUCAGGCAGUUUUUGUACGAUUCUAUCAUUUCUUUCACAUUUGUUGGAUUAAAAUGAUCUCAAGUUAAAUGAUCAGCCAUUCUGCUCUCUCAUAAUCAGUAUAUACAUUGACGAUUGAAAAACUUCAAUCAGUUGACCACUAUUUUAAAGCCACCAACAUUUUAAGUUUGGUAUUUUCAUUGAUAUAACAUUGGUCCGUAUGUAAUGUUAUAUGAUAUAUUAGUUGAUAAUAUAUAUUAGAACGCCUCAUGGUCCCCCGGGUGGCUGGGGAGAGGGAAGUCUGGGCUUCCCUGCUUAGGCUGCUGCCUCUGCGACCCGACUUCUGAUAAGGGGCUAAAGAUGGAUGAAUGGAUGGAUAAAUGAAAUAUUCAUUUAAAAUAUAUCUGUAGAAAUUAUGUGCAGCUUAAACUGUAAAUAGCUUAUUUCAAUAGUUGCUAAAAACACAUCCAUCCAUUUUUAAAACAAUGAGUGAAAAAAUGAAGUUGAGUGUAGUAUUUUAACAGCCUUAGUAAUGAGAAUGUUUCUGUAAUUUAUAAGAUAGUAAUAUCAUAUUUAAAAGCCAUGUAUUUUCUAUCUCCUUCAUAUUAUCAUAAAUUGUAUUAUGUAAGUAACCUGCCUGGCUUUUGUGACAAAGUAAUUUGUUUAAAAAUGUAUUCACUACUCAGUGAAUCAUAGCAGUUUUAAUUGUGGACCCACAUUCAUAUCGUCAUCCAGAAAAGGCUGAAAGUGCGAGAGCGAGCAGCAGUGGUCCGUUGACAUGGAGAUAAUGUUAAGAGAGAGAGAGAGAGCAGAUGAAGUAAACAGAACAGAAAACUUAAAAUGUCUUUUCUGAUUUUCUCGGUGCGUGGUUAAACUCCUCUGAACUUUAAGAUGUGUGGACAACUCUGCACAAAUAUGCAGGAAGUAGCUGGAUGUGGUUGACUUGCAGUUGAAGUCACACAUCUUCUCCCUGCCUGCUCUGGGUGUCAUGGUCACUACACCUCUGACUCUCUUUUCUUAUAGGAUACGCACUGGUUCACACACCAACACACACCUCCUCUGGAUUAUGAACAAUAACUCUAGUGGCCAGAGUAUGCUUUGGUGAAGUAGAAACAGUUGUGGAGUUGUUGGAGCUAAUGAUGAUAUUUUAUAAACACAUUAACUGCUGUAUCCUCAAAUAGGUUUUAAAGGGUUAAGGCUUAAUCUGAGACAUUUCCUGUCCUGUUAUUAAUAUGGAAACGACUCGGCUAGUUCUCAUCUCUGGAUUUACUCUUCACAAGACUAAAGUGUAAACCCUAGCGGACAAAAAACCAAUUAAAAACUCAACGAUUAAAUAAAUUAGACGUGUGAUCACACUCUGUGGGUAUCCUGUCAGGUUGUGUGUCCGUGUGUGCGCUGAGACAGAGGCAGACAGCCUGGAAGCUGCAGAGAGACAGUAGAGAGGUGACAGAGGCUGACUCAGACUGGAGUGUUGCCCCCCCCCCCAGGUCUCCUUCCUCUCCCUAUGAUAGAGGGGACCCCAGAAGCCCACCUGCACAUCAUGCAGCUUGGUUCCCAUGGCAACACGCUCGUCUCACUUCAGGCAUUUGUAGCCCACAAGUGAGCAGUUAAGGUGCAUCGUUCUUAAAUGCAUCUGAAAUAUAAAAGAUAACGCCUACUGAGCAGAUUAGUGAAUAAAUCAGUGUAAAGCACAUCAGAUAUUUACUGACUAUUAGGAUGAAAUAGAAUCUAUAAAUAAACUCAAAUCUAUACGCCUUUUGUCUAUGUUCAGUGUCUGAUUACUGAUGAUGGUCAUUUGUCGUACUGUGUCGAGUUCAAGCUCACGCUCACAGCUGUAAGUUCAUUAAAAUUGUUUGGGUCAUGCACGUCUUAAGGCUCUCAUCAGCUGUUUCAUAAUCCUGUUGAUUUCCACUUGAACCUCUGUGUUGCUUAAAAGCAAAAUCAAACAAAUGAAAUAAUUAGAGCUCAUCAGAGGAGUUAAAACAACUGUGUACGCCCUCAGUGAGGCUUCACUUAAUUAGAGUCAUCAUCCCGGUCUGUUCAACUUCUCUACCAGGGCUCUUAUUCAUUCAUUCAUUCAUUCAUUCAUGUAAAUAGGGCUAAAUAUGAAUGUUGUGGACUCAUGGCUCUUGUCAGAAUCAAUAACCUUUAGGUUUUUAUUUAAGCUUUAUUUGUUGUGUGGUUUUAUCUUGCGUGCCGUCAUACCACCCAAAUUGAAGACAAGCUCCUUUCGCUCAUGGGUCUUCCAAGUGAAGACUCGUUCCUGUUAUGUAAACUAUACGCUCAAAUUAAUUUACUUUACCGGCCACUCCAUGUGUUAGGACAAAUGAAAACUGGCAAGGAAGGCAACACUGUCAGUACCAAUCCCUCAUCUGAAUGCCAGGGGUCACAAGACCACUUUGUGCAAGAUUUGUAAAACUCACUUAAACUCUUUGCUUUUCUCUUUUCUCUUUGCUGCCGUCGUGAUGUUAGUCACCUGGCUCGUGCUGACAGGUAGCUUCAGUUGAUUUUCUUUUACCCUUUCUUUUGGCAUGUGUGUGUUUUUACAAUAUUUUUUGCUUUAUCACAAACGUAAACCUCUCUGAAAAGAAGGUCCUGUUGUAUGAAAGUGUAUGAGAGUGGUUGUAAAUCCAGCCAGGAUAAAGACCCCGUGUUGUAGGAUUUAGAAAAUAAAUUUCAUGCUGUUGUAGUCACAGGACUCCUCCGUUUUGUGUUAUGUAAGGUCUUUCACAUAUGAAAUGCUAACUAAUGCUGGUGCUGCCAGAGCUUAUGUAACACGCAUGUCCGUUUCUCUCAGAGCUGAGGGCCGGAGAUGGUCCCUGGCAUCCCUCCCCUCCUCUGGCUAUGGAACCAACCCGCCAAGCUCCACUGUCUCAGUAAGUCAUCACAAGUCAUCAUGGCACCAACCCUCCCUCCCUCAAUGGUCGAUAAAUGGCGUCCAGGCAAUUCUAACACCUCACUCUGCUCAAAUAGCACAUAACAGCUCAUGCCAAGAGUGAGAUGACAAACCGUUAAUUGUUUUCCUCCAUCAUCUGCUUGGAUUAGUCAUUCUCCCGUCUGUGCAACUCAGUGUAAGAAGUACUACACACAGUGUAUGUACAGUAUGUUUAUGUUCAAGAUGGGAUGACAUAAAGUGGGUUUGUGUGGGGGGUGUUGCUGUACUGUUUUGAUUAUUAAAUAGAAUAUUUGAAUCACAGCAUUUAAUGACCACUCUUUAGCAAAGCCUUGUGUUAUUACAUUUAUGGUUUUACGUUAAAGCAGGACCUUGUUCUCCUUUUUCAUCUUUAGUUAUUUACAAACCAAACUUAGCCGUUCAUGUGUGAUUUUUUUGAGGUAUCUUAGUCUCCAAGAGGGAAUUUUUCACUUUACAAGUCAAUAACAAAAUAAAUAACUAUCUUGGUAAUUUACUAGUUUGAUACCAAGUUUCACAUCCUUUCUUUUAAAGUUUGAUCUCAUUUACUUCUUAGCCUUUUUAAGAGAAAUAUGUUAAUCUGGAUGUAAAAGUCAUUCCGUUUCUUUUAAUAAGAGAUAUAGAAACAGUUUCAUUAGUUUAAUUCUCUGAGUGAGAUUAUGAAAUGAUGUCUGCCAUAACACUUUGCGUGGGGGUUGCAUCAAGUUUGCGGUAGAAGUCUUCCAUCUGCGGCUAUUGUGGUAAAGUUUAUUGGGCAGACCCCAGCACAGGCUCACAGGUCAGUGUGAACAAUAGAGCUCUCCAGAGACCCUCUCUGCCCUCUUUGUACUGAGGCUUUAAAAGAGAGUUCACAGAUGCCGUCCCUCUGGCCCUCUUCUGUGCAGCACUCGUGGGUUGCAUAAUUAAAAAGAUUGUUAGCAACGUACACCGUGUCCUGUUCUGGUUGUGAAGAGUCCUCAAAGCACCAAGGCAGGGCUGGAAAUGACUGAAUUUGGACUUUAUAAAGAUUGAAGAGGACAACAGGUUAGCUCUCUUUGCUGCACCUAUCAGAGCUCAAUUUUAAUAACACUAUAUAACACUUUUAAUUUCAUAAUUUAACUAAUUUUCAUCAUAAUAGAUUUUUUUUAGUAUAAUUGGCAAAACAAUCAGCUCAGAUUGUGGACAACAGUAACUAUGGGUUCUUUUGUGACUUGAUUAGUAGCAGAUGAAUGUGAAGAUUUUCAGCCCUUGUCUUUGGAAAACAAGUCACUUUCUGUUUGUGUCCACAGUCCUCCUCAUCCUCCCAGGAGCGUCUUCACCAGCUCCCCUACCAGCCGACACAAGAUGAGCUACACUUCCUCUUCAAACACUUCCGCAGCACAGACAGCAUGGCCGAUGAAGAUGGGCGGUCAACGACAGUCAUACGGCCCAGGUCCAGGAGCCUUAGGUAGAUGAUGUGGAUUUUUUUGUUUUAGCAGAAUGACUGCUGUUGGCAAAUAUGGGGUUCCUAUAAUAGUCCUUCAAAGUGAUUCAUGCUAAUUCAGGGCUUGACACUAACUUUUUCAGAAGGAGCACACAAAGAACUUUAGGGGCACAAUGAUAAUUGAUCAAAUAAUGUGUGUCUUAUUGGUCGACAUAAGUGCUAUAAUUUGAAAUCAGUUUUAGGUCAAUUGGUCACAUGAAAUGAAAGCUAUUGAAGAAAAUGUUCAGAAUUUGCCUUUAAAUCUAACACAAAAAUUUAUGAGGUCAAAUUAGAGAAAUAAAGAGGCGUGUCUUAUUGUCCAACCUUAGUACUAUUAUUUGAAAUCAAUUUUAGGUCUUUUGGUCACAUGACAUGGAAGCUAUUGAAGGGAAACAGCCUUUUUUGAGAACAUCAACAGGUAAUUUAUUGAUGGUCCCUUAUUUAACACUCAACAUUGAAGGCGAGGGUGCCGAGUGAUUUAACUGCGCUGCUGUUGCCAUUCUCGGUUAUGGAGAGUGAGAAGACACCAGCAGGUCCUCAGUUAAUGUCCAUCGCAUAUCUAACCUAAAACUCACUUCACCGUGGUAUUAACAUGAAAAAACAUUUGUUGCCUCGGCUGAUUUUUUUAUGCGCACAUGUGCCCCUAAAUACAUUUUACAAUUCGCACACAUCUGUUUUUAGUCCCAAAUGCGAGUGAAACGGUCGCACUGUCGAGCCCUGCAUGCUAUGCUGAUUUUUGUUUGAGUAGUGCAGAAAGACACACACUGCAGCUUAAAGAAUAAAACUCUAUUUUUCCCCAAAGGGAUUGACAACCUCUUUGUUGCCAUAUAUAAGUUGAGACUUUGAACAGUGGGUGCAUCUCUGCAUUGCUGUGGAGGUAUAUAGUGUUAUUCUGCACCGUCUCUUAAAUGUCUGGAAGAUCGAGACAGUUGCAAACACACCGGGUGUCUCAGAUUGAUUCCACAGGGCUGUUGGCCGGCAGGCAGGUGGAGAUCUCACCGCAGACCCCGCUGCUCCUGACAACUUUAUUGGCUCUGCUGCGCAAUGUUUGUGCGACGCCUGCGUGCUCUGUGUUCUGGCGCCUUGGUGUGCAGUGCGUGGGCAUGCUAGCUAACGGAGCGCCUCAGGGAUUUAGCUGCUGAGCUGUAGUCGAGGGUGGGGGUGGUUUAUCGGAGGGUGGGAAGCGCAUGUUGCAGAGGACUACGAUGAGCUGCUGCAGUGUGUUGGGCAGCAGCCAUCUACUCUUAACAGAGGCGCCUUUCAUGACAAAAAAAGGCUUAGGGAGCUCGCUUGCAUGUGAUCGGUUUUCCCUCCCAUCUGCUCUGUUUGGAGCUCUAUCAAGGCAGGUGUUUUUUCUGCCGAAUGAAUUAUGAAUGCAGUAAAUGACUUAUUUCCUGAUGUUGAUUUCUCACAUUUCUGCCAAGAAAGCCUCUGCUGACAGAGUGAGAAUUUCUGAAAGAGGAACAUCUAAACACAGCUGUGAAAUCCACCCUGACUGUAGCCUAACCGGCUUCAGAGCUUCUGAAAUGAGAAGUUGGCCCACAGCGCUUCUUUGGCAGGAUGAGAUCAAGUGUACAAGUGUAGAAGUUGACCUCAAACAUCAUCUCUCAGCCAAACUCAAAUGAGGAUUUAUUAUUGAUGUGUUUAUGUUUAGAUUGGGUGGGCUGAGCUAAACUGACUCUUGGCCAUCUUUAGACAACCAUGAUGGCCUCGAUGACAUAACCACUUCUGCGGUCUCGAACCAGAUGAAAGAUGCAGAUUAACUCGAUGUAUUAACCCCUUUUUUUUUUCUCUCUCUGAGUGAACAUGAACAAAAUGAACCAUCACAAGCAGAUGAGAUUCUUAGAAAUCUGUGGCUUAUUUUCAUCCAAAUCCUGCACUUUAAACAGAUCUACAGCUCAUGACAUGAAAACACACACACAGUCAAGAAUAAAAAAGCUCUAAACAAACAAAAAGAUCACCUUAAUGCAUAUUUAUUUUCAAUUUUACUUAUUUAUUUCAAAUUUAUUACUUCAUAAGCUUGUUUAUCCAUUGGUUUAUAUAAGUUGGACUGGAAAUAUCUAAUGUCUUGUUUUCCUUGCAGCCCCGGACGUUCGAGUGUCUCCUUCGAUAAUGAAAUUGUGAUGAUGAACCAUGUUUACAAAGAGCGUUUUCCAAAGGUCAGUACUGGAAAAGGUUAUCCUCACAGCACUCAAACUGCUCAUGGUUCUGAGUCUAUUUUGAUGUGCUGUCUUUGGCGUUUGGGUAUUGAAUGAAAACUGAGCCUGAGGAUCUUCCUCGCCAGCCGAAUGAUGAUUGUGUCUGUUCAAGCCUGUAAUCUUAGCGGGUGGCUAACUGGUUGUUCAUCACUGACAUUAAUAAACAACCAUAUGAGCCCAGCACAAUGAGAUAAUGUUAGAUAUAAUCAAGAUUUGUUUCUCAAAAAGUUCUAAUGGUUAUGGUAAUAGUUAAAUGGCUCAACUGUGUGUUUUCGUGCUUGUCCUCGCUGCAGGCUACAGCCCAGAUGGAGGAGCGCUUGUUGGAGAUCAUCUCUCACUGCUCUCCAGACAGCUCCCUCCCGCUGGCUGAUGGGGUGCUGGGCUUCAUCCAGCACCAGUUGGUGGAGCUGGUCAGAGACUGUCUGGACAAGUCUCAGAAGGACCUCGUUACUUCGCGCUACUUUGCAGAACUGCAGGAAAAGCUGGAGAAGCUGCUUCAUGAGGUGAGUGAACGGCCAGCUCAACAGGGUCACUCAGGACUUGAUUAAAGUUCCUCCUGAAACAGCUCUGGUAGAUGCUAAUCAUUGGAAAACCAACUGGAGGUUGCAGUAUACAAUUAAAUGAAGUGAUCAGCUGAUGAGCUACUACAUGUGACCCCAUCAUGUGGACACGAGGAUGUGGUGAAAGUUAUGAAAGCGGAUUGAUCAAGCCAGAGUCCAAUCAGGCGCGUCACUCAAUAACCGUCUGAUCGCCGAAGGCUUACACAAUAGAUCCGCUUGUGGAAAGUGUCGGGGAUGGUAGCAGUCUUUUUGUAACAGAUCCUAUUUGUGUUGUGGUAAAAUGUUAGUUUCUAUGGCAACCUCUUCCCCUGUUCCUCGGCAUGCUGUCAGACAGAAGGCAGGGCAGCCUCGCCGCACUUCCAGCUGAACUGAUAAGUCUGUUCCCAUACAGUGGAACAAAUGUCUUUAAAGACCCACAAACCUGGAGACACACUUUCUCUGCCAAGAACACGUAGUCCAAGAGUGGAACAGUUUUAGACGUGAAGUUAUCAUUUAACUUGUCUGUAAUAAUUGAACCCUGGGCAGUAUGGGGCCAUAGAGGAGAAGCACAAUCACUCACAACAGAAGAAGUGAACAACAGAGAGAGGUCUCUUGAUUUUAUAUUAGAUAUUUCCAUCCAAACAAAAAAAAGUCUCAUUUAAAAAAAAUAAAAACUUAAAUAGGAUUAAAAAAAAAUACAUGUUGGAGGAUCAGAGUGCUGACAUGGAGCCGUACUCAAGGAGGAAUGAUGUAAUUACCAUCAGCUUGGAAACUCAGCUCCAGUCAUAAACCAGGGUAACUCUGGCAGAUGGAGAGCCCACCAAGUUUGAUCUCGACUCCACUGAACGGCAGGCAAUCGACUUACUUGACAUCAAGAGGAUCAGAAUGGACAGCUGGGAUACUGAGCCAUGUCAUCCUCUUCGUAGUCAUUUGUUUUGUGUGCGGAAAACAGAACUGAUCAAACCGAGGACAAAAGUGAAAGGAUGGAUCUAAAAAAACACCUGACAAAAAUCUCUGACCGAGCCAGACAGGCUUCUGUUAUGAGGAAACAAGGCAGGAUACAAAAAACACAGACAUGUUUCUGUUAAGUUUCAUAAAUGUGAAUUGCUCCUCAAAGGAGACCAAAGUGCUGCUGACUAUCAAAAACAUCACAGAGCUGGACAGGAUCAAUGAACUCCUGGGAGACUAAGAAAGGCCAUAAAGUAACAAACUGCAGUCUCUCUUAGGCUGGAGGUUUGAUCCAACAACAAAUACUGAUAUUGGAAGUUAAAACAGACUGGACUAAAAGCAAAGGAUAACCAUCACUAACUGCUAACAGCUGGUGAUUAUCUGCUGAGGCCUGACUUACCAUGAACAUUGAGUCAGGGCAGCACCUAGAAAAAAAACAACAACUUUGAAGAUCUCUAAAGAAAGUUCAUGUUGUUUUUGGUGUUUCAGAGAUGCUACAGUGCUACUUUUGUGAACCUUGAAAGGAGCCAGGCUUUUCUUCUACCUUUUAUGGUCCAAACAUCUUCUGUCCAAAGCUUUGUAAUGAAAGAGUGAACAGAUGUCAUGAGUACUUCUGUGGUCACGGUUAGGCUGUAUAUGCAAACCUUGGCAUGAUCGCACAGUAAACCACGCAGACACUGCUUCACUAAAACAGACCAUCACUCUAGUCGACUGGAAAAAGGGCAUGGAUGACUCAUUAAGACCCCACCCACCUCCUUGGUGAUUAUUCUAAUAAUUCCUCCUGGUUUUAAGUGUUGUCCUUUCUGACACACUUCUGUCAGGCGGCAUCUGUUUCCACGUGUCUUUUUAUGCCAUUGAAGUGGUGCCUCUGCUAUAAUAUUUCUGAAACAUCAAUCAAGUCCUGUGCCUUUAAUUAUUUUGCAUUUCAUAUCAAGUAUUGAUGUUUCAUAUAUUCCUAUACACACGUUUCUUGAGGUUUUAAAGGAUGCUUUAAUCUGUACUGAUGUGUUUUGUUGUCUCUGGGGCAUUUUGUGACAAGCCAGCUGGUUUAGAGUAUUACAUAAAAUCACUGCUCCUUAAUCUCACAUAUUUUUUUUUUCCUCUAGGCCCACGAUCGCUCUGAAAGUGAGGAGGUGCCCGUCAUUAUUCUGAUGGUGAGGAAGAUCCUGAUGGUAAUCUCUCGGCCGGCUCGCCUCCUGGAGUGUCUGGUAAGCUGAAAAGGAGAAAAUCUCUUCCUAAUUGAAAAUGAGAUUACUUUGAUUGAAAUGAGGAGUCGGUUCAAAGUUAGAUCUGUCUGAAAUGAUUUUCCGACCUUUAUUCCUCCUUUGAGAGUUGAAGUAGGUCACCAGAACAUGUCGCUAUCAAUGUUUAAAGGCAGUGGAAUAAGACGAUCAUCAUGUUUCAUUUGUGGCCAUUAAACCACAAUCAGUGUCACCUAGAGUUCAUCCAGAGAUGCUGAAGCUCAGGAGCACAACCUACAGCUUGUGUUUUCCUGUUCCCUGAGUUCAGUCUGGCAGGAUAAUGGCUUCAGUCAGCCUUCAGUAAUGAGACUUGAUGCUGUUGACAGGAGUUUGAUCCGGAAGAGUUCUAUCACUUACUGGAAGCAGCAGAGGGUCAUGCCAAAGUUGGACGGGGAAUCAAGACGGACAUCCCUCGAUACAUCAUCAGUCAGCUGGGCCUGACAAGAGACCCCCUGGAAGGUAAUAAUGAUCAUGAAAAUAAUGAUGCAUUUAAUUUAUAUGCACAUUUAAAAGCACUCAGGGUUAAAACAACACAAAUAAAUAAGGUACAAAAUUAAAGGAAUGAUAUUGUUUGUGUUAUAAUGCAACUCUAAGAUGGUUAAACUGGCUAAGAUUCAUUAUAUUGUACCUAAAUAGGUGUAAUAGUGAUGGGGGAGGACACGUUUAAGGUAGAAGUCAAGGAUUCUUAUUCGUUGGUGCUUUUAAACUCACUUUCUCUCUCUGUUAUUUGCAGACAUGGUGCAGCUUGAGCAGUAUGACACCAGCCCCUCAGUGUCAGUGGAAGUAGAUGCCAGUGCGGAGGUAAACUUUGACUUUUAGCGACUAUCUGUCAGAGGAUUUGAUUUUAGUAACUUGAUCCCAUCUACAGACGUAGGCAUCAGGUUUAUUCUUCUUCCCCACAGAACAAAGGCCCACAGAUGCUGACACCAACUAGAAGGAAACCCUUUGAGAGUGAUUUUGAAACGAUCAAACUCAUCAGUAAUGGAGCUUACGGGUAAGAAAAAAAAGCCUUUGUUUUGAUCUUUACUUUCUUUGCCUUUGUGUAUCUUUAGCAAAGGUAUUUUGGUGGUUAAGCACCUUUGGGUUCCCUGCUGCAAAGAAAUCACUUGUUCAGAACUUUCUUUAACUUUUCCUGACUACUGUAAAAAUUAUUGGCUUAAUCCAACUCGUGUUGAUCUUGACAGGGCUGUGUAUCUGGUCCGGCACAAGGAUACCCGCCAGCGGUUUGCCAUGAAAAAGAUCAAUCGGCAGAACCUGGUCUUGAGAAAUCAGAUCCAGCAGGCCUUUGUAGAGCGAGAUAUCCUCACGUUUGCAGAGAACCCCUUUGUCGUCUCCAUGUUCUGCUCUUUCGAGACAAGACGUCACCUCUGCAUGGUCAUGGAGUAUGUGGAAGGUACACUUGAGAACAUUUGGUUUGAGCUCCAUCUAUUAAGAUUUGUCCACAGUUAGUAGCAACUAGAAUAUGUCGAUGACGUUAGAUCAGAGAAGAUGACUGGAAAGAAACUUCAUGUCUGUGAUUUUUGUUUAAGGUGGAGAUUGUGCCAACCUGCUGAAGAACAUGGGCCCGCUGCCUGUCGAAAUGACACGGUUGUACUUUGCUGAAACAGUCCUCGCCCUGGAGUAUCUCCACAACUAUGGUAUCGUGCACCGGGAUCUCAAACCUGACAAGUGAGAAGAUUUCAUGUUUCUGUUUGUAAACACAAAAUUCAGAAGUGGUGUCCCUUGUUUUCAGGAAAUGCAACCUUGUUUGCCAUGUAAUUAUCAUCAGAUAACCAAACACACGUCUAUUUCUUUUUAUUUAACAGUUUGUUGAUUACAUCCAUGGGCCACAUCAAGCUGACAGACUUCGGCCUCUCUAAGAUUGGCCUGAUGAACAUGACCACUAAUCUGUACGAGGGUCACAUGGAGAAAGACACACGAGAGUUCAUAGACAAACAGGUGAGAGUCUUUGAAAUGUCAGAGACAGAGCAUCAUUUUGCAUGUCAAACAGCCAGCACAGCUGUCUCACUGGUUUUGGUUUGCUUGUGAAGGUGUGUGGCACUCCAGAGUACAUCGCCCCCGAGGUGAUCCUCAGGCAGGGCUACGGGAAGCCAGUGGACUGGUGGGCGAUGGGGGUCAUCCUCUACGAGUUCCUGGUUGGCUGUGUCCCGUUCUUUGGAGACACACCUGAGGAGCUUUUUGGACAGGUCGUCAGUGGUGAGUGUUGAGAUCAGAGUUUACUCACUCGAGGAAGAAGAGAGGUCACUGUUUUUAGUCUGAUUUCUCUUUCUUCUCUUCUUUUUGCAGAUGACAUCAUUUGGCCAGAAGGAGACGAUGCAUUACCUGCUGAUGCCCAGGACCUGAUUACCCGGUUGCUCAGACAGAGUCCUUUAGACCGACUUGGAACAGGUACUGCUCAGUUUACUGCAGAUAUUUGAAAGCUGCAGAUGGAGUUUGAAACAGACUGAUACUGAUGGAUUAGGGUGUUUUCUCCCAACUGUAAAUUUCUUGAAGUCCCACUCCGAUUGUCUUUUUUUUUUUUUUAACUCCUUAAAGUGUUAUCAGUGGUACCUGUGUCGUUUGCAAGGACUUUUCUUCUGCAGAGCUCCACUAGCUCAUUAGCAAUUCGCCUCUGAGUCGUGGUCAGAGACAGCGUUAGCUUGCAGCCUAACAUUACCACUGUAGUAGAUGUAGCAGGUAACGUAGGAGGUAUUCAGCUCUCAGACACUAUUGUCUUUAGGGGCAUGAUGAAAGUUAAUUUCAUAAUUAGCUUUCUUAUGAGCAUUUUAAUCCACUAACGCACACGCUUGUUUCGCGAUCGUCCUCUCUAUUUCUCUAAGCCUGGCCUGCAUAGCAGAGCUCUGGGGGCGGAGCUUGGAUUGGUUACAUACGAAAUCUAACUGUAUCUGAUCCUGCCGUUUGGGUCUGCCAGAGAUUUACAGCGAUUUGAAUAAAGAAAUACUCAGAAAUGCACUUUCACAUUGAAUUUUCUCAUGAUAUGUCCUGUAUUAUCAGAAAAAUGCCAUAUGAACACGUAGACAACAAGAAAAACAUGAUUUUCAUCAGAGUGGGUCUUUAAUGCACGACCUUAAAAUCUAAUAAUAAUAAUAAUAAUAAUAAUAAUUUUAUUUAUAUAGCACCUUUAAAAACAGAAGUUUACAAAGUGCAUAGACAACAGUUGCAAGCACAGAACAUCUAAUAUAAUAUAUAUUAAGCAGAAUAAAAUCGUGUUGAAAUACAAUUUAAAUAUGCUCUGUUAGAUAUUUCACAGGAGACAUAGUUUCUUAACCAAGAGAGAUGAAAUAAAUGUUACAUCUUAGACAGAUUUUUUUUAAAGAUUUACUGCUUAAUCUGGUGUUAAAUGGUUUUUAAAAAUCUGAUCCUAGGUGGAGCCUCAGAGGUCAAACAGCACCCGUUCUUCCUGGGUCUGGACUGGAACGGACUCCUGAGGCAGAAAGCUGAAUUCAUCCCUCAGCUGGAGGCCGAGGACGACACCAGCUACUUCGACAGUAAGUUCCAGUUUGCUGACUGUAGGCCUACAGAAGUUUCACCCACACUGAAAACACAUUAGACCAGGAUAGUGGUUCUAUUGAAGUGAUAGCACAGAACAGCAUUUGUCAAGGCUGUUGAAGACCUUCUCUUGUUAUGUUCUUGUAUAAAAGCUACAUCAGAUUGUAGAAAUCACUUGUUUUAAGCCUCUUGUCCUGUUUCUGUUUUCAGCUCGCUCAGAGCGUUACCAUCACUUGGCGUCUGACGAGGAUGAGGAAACUAACGAUGAAGAGUCUUCCUUGGAAAUCAGGCAGUUUGCUUCCUGGUCACAUCGCUUCAGUAAGGUAAGUUCUCACAACAGCAGAACUGUGGGAAUUGAGUAAAAGGCGACCAGGGGGGAGACUUUCAACCUGUGUUCUACUUUUUAUUGGGAUUUCAGAUAUCAGAUCUCCUAAAUAGUCAAAAUUGGGUCCCAAACAAGUUCAACAGCCUAUGAAGUAUAUCUAAACUGGACUAAAACAGCAUAAAUAAGUCAUGUCUGUGAAGCUCUGUUGACAAAACAGAUCCACUUGUUGACUCCACUGUGGAAAGACUCCAUCUUUCAGCACUCAAUCUCCCUCCUGUGUGAUAUUUUAGGUUUACAGCAGCACCGAACAUUUGGCGACUCCAUCCAACCUGAGCUUCUCGUCCGACCGCAGUCACAGUGAGGAAAAGGAAGACCGUGUGGACGUGGGAGGAGCCAGUCCCUCUCCAGGCCCAGCAGAGGGCAGUGUGGAGCGCAGACCUGCUGGACGCAUGGCCAGGUAGGCACACAGUCCCAGUCCAUCAUCUCAAAGCUCUUUUUCUCUUCUUGCAUUUUGUUUCUGCUGUGAAAUCUAAAUUCAUGCUAAGAUAGAUUUGCUUUAUUGGUGUUCUGUAUCAGUAUAAGAGCGCCAGCUAGCUCACAAACAGUGUUGGUGCAGUGCUGUCUGGUCACCAGGACUCUCACAGUAGCUGACUGACCUGUGAGACUGUUCUCUGGUUGUUUGCAGCCUUCGCCCUCGGGCCUCUUCCAGCUCCUCCCAGUCCGAGAGAAGCACCAGUCCUCUGGUGAUGAGCAGCACCCACAGCCUGGAGACCAUGCCUCGCUUUGCACUUUCCACAGACGAUGAAGGUUUUUACAGAUUAUUCACAAAUUGUACUCAUGGUUGGAUCAGAAAUCUGCUGGCCUGUUGUUAACAUGGUGGCUCGUGUUUCCUGCAGCUGAGGUGGUUGUGUCAAACCUGCGAAGGAUCAGGAUCCGCAGCAACAGCACCGGGGCAAAACACUCGUCCCCAAAAGAACCGGCAGGGCCUCGGCGAUUCGGUAACCAGCUGGAGACGCCAGACAGACAGAGACUUCCCUGCGGGGGGAAGGUUCCCAAAUCAGCAUCAGUCUCGGCUUUGUCUCUCAUCAUCACCACAGGUACAGACGAUCUUCAUCAUCUCCUGAGACUGUAGAAGAGGAGACAUUUUACAACACUCUGAGUGUUUUCCUCUCUUUGCUCAAAAGAUUGGCCUUUUACAGCAUAUUCAAAUCAUCUUUUGCAUGUUUUAUAAUUUCAGAUGAUUCACCCAGUUGCCUUCAGCCCAGCCCCAUCUCCCCACGCUCUCUCUCCUCCAACCCGUCCUCCCGUGACUCCUCCCCCAGCCGGGAUCUGUCGCUCAGCCCGGGCAGUUUGAGGCCUCCCAUCAUCAUCCACACCACAGGGAAGAAGUAUGGCUUCACCCUACAGGCCAUCCGCGUCUACAUGGGGGACAGCGAUGUCUACACGGUGCAUCACAUGGUGUCGGUAGGUCUCCUGAAACUGUACUUAAAGGGAUAUUCCGCCGUAAAAUUAAUUAAGGGUCAGACACACCGUAACACCGAGUUAAACACCCCCUCGAGGGAUGAAUAUUGCCGACCGCUUGCUUCUCUAGUCAUACCAACUUUAGUAACGACUGUGAUAUAGCAAUACACAGUGGUCUGGGGAGCCAUAAACAAACAUCAACCAAAACGCCACUCUAUAGCCACAAAUAAUGCUCAGAACAGAACCUAACAUGGAAAUGCAAUCAGACCAAGAUGCUAAGGCAGAAGAACUACCACGUCUGCAGUGCAAAAUGAUUAAUAUGGUGAUUAUUACUUUAAGGAAAUGAUAAAGAAAUGAUCAUUAAUGUUCUUUCUUGAGCAGCUUCAAUUAAAAACGCAGCUUUCUAAAGUCCCUCUGUUUGUAAAAUUUCAUGCGUCCAUGUGAAGUAACGCCACCAAACAAGAAGAAAAAGGUUUUAAAUGUGGUUAUGCAACGCUCAAAUGAAACACCCUCACUAUUUUGCUGUUUUAACAGAGUGUGGAGGAGGGCAGCCCGGCCCACCAGGCAGGUCUCCGCGCUGGAGACCUCAUCACCCACGUUAAUGGAGAGUCUGUCCAAGGCCUGGUCCACCCUGAGAUGUUAGAACUGCUACUGAAGGUACAAAACUCAAAGUGAGAACUUUGACAUAUCUGUGAUUCUGUGGGGGUUUAAAUCUUCUUUACUGAACACAGAUGGGUCGUGGUUUGCUUUCUUAUGAUUUGCAGAGCGGCAGCAGGGUGGCGUUGCAGACAAUAGCACUUGAAAACACGUCGAUUAAAGUUGGUCCGGCCCGAAAGACGAAGCACAAAGGCAAGAUGGCUCGACGCAGCAAGAAGAGCAAGAGGAGAGAUAAUUACGACAGGUAAGAAUCCGACCUUUCUCUGGGCUCCACAAACUCUGCUCUCCUGUUCUGUUUGUUUACUCUCUGAAGUCUGGUGGAUAUCAUCUGUAAACAAGAGUCAAAACUCUAUCUCCCUCUAGUGCUCAAGACUGGAAAGUUUAUUUUGGUAAUGUUACACAAACAGAGAGGAACAAUACCGUAAAUCCUCUACACGACCACCUGAAGCUGGUGUUGGUGCACAGUUUCUCACGCCUUACUCUUGUGAUUCUUCCAGGCGGCGCAGCAUCUUAAAGAAGCUCUCCAAGCAGAGCACGGUGAUGCACAGCAGCCGCAGCUUCUCCUCAGGUCUCCACCACUCAGUUUCCUCCAGUGAGAGUCUUCCAGGCUCCCCGACACACAGCCUAUCCCCAGGCCCCUCCACACCCUGUCGUAGCCCCGCACCUGACCAUCAGACUUUUGGUGAGUACCAUGUGUCUCCAGACUCUUACCCCCAAUUUCAAACGCAUCCUGAACAGCUACUAAAAGGCUGUAUCUACAAAUUGUAACUGAAGUUAAUGUGCCAAUUUUCACAGGUGAAAUCUUAGGGUACUGUAAUAAUCGUUCCACAAUUAUAAUAUAAAGACAAGUAGCAGCGACACUCAGCGAAGCCGAGUACUUACCAACCUAGCCCGCUUGUAGUCUUACCCACGGUGUCAAAGCCUCAGUAGCAAAAUGUACAAACAAACCACCACAAAAGUAGUCCCAAAACAAACUCUCGAAUUAAGUACAUUAAUGCCAGCUUAACAAAAACGGCAACAUUAAAAGAGAAAAUGAAGAAAUUUUACAACAAAAUCCGUGGCCACCCACAAUGCAUUGCGGCCACCCAAAGCACUGUUGGAGCGUGUCCACUCUGUGAGCCGGAAACAGUUUGAAGAAGAAGAAAAAAGUUGACGCACUUGUUCCAACUUCUAACCAACGUAACGAUGCAGCCGGACCAAGAACAGUGAGAGACUGAGAAUGACGAAACGCCUCAGCUGUAUCUUCCUAUCAAAAAGGUUUUGUCGGCAGUAUGGACGUUUUACGGCUUCACAAAACAGACGGAGUAGGUAAACCUGACACCGAUCUGCAGGUUAUGCCGUAAAAAGGUUGCAGCGCCGUUGUCUAACACUUCAAACCUACGUGCCCACCUCCGUGAACACCAUCCAGCAUCGUUCGCCCAAAUCAAGGUAAAAACAACAUGACCGCAACAAGUCUGGUCUACUCUACUGCUUAUUAUUGACAACGUUAGUGACGUUUCUGCUAACUUUGGCUCCAAAAAGCGAAUGCUCCCAACGUCGCGUUAGCUGUCUCUUUCUCGUAUUGUUUGUGCGUGUCAUGCUGUGCACUGAGAGGUGAUUUCGCAGUUUUUUUGCCAUUUUUAAUAACGUUAAAAGCAAUGCACUAAUAUCGUGAUAAUACCGUGAAUCCUGAUAUUUUGGGCCAGCAAUAUCGUGAUAUCAGAUUUUUCACAUCGGCACUAGGGAUGUGAAUCUCAGCACUGAGGACGAUUCGAUACGCAUCUCGAUGCACUGCCAGCGAUACGAUACUUUAACGAUACAUGGAAUUUUCUGGCGAUACGAUGCGAUACGAUUCACCCUCUUCACGAUGCGAUACGAUACAAUAAUCAUUUAGUUCAAAUCAAUGCGAACCGAUACGAUAUGAUGCAAUUUGUUGCGAUAUGAUGCAAUUCAACAUGAUGCAAAUAAGCAAAGAAAAAAAAAGAAAUAAAAAUAAAAGAUGGAAUUCAGUAUGGUACUACAAAAAGGAUUUGGCUUUAUUCCUUAAAGGCACUUAGCAGUUAAUUCAACAAAAGUGCUUUUUGUCUUUUUUCUAUGCUCCUUCAUUUUGUACAGUUACACAGAUUAGAUAGACCUCCUGCAACUGUUAAGGAAUCUGAAUCAAUAAAAUAAAAAAAAAUAAAAAAUAAAAAAAGGAUUCCAACCCCAACCCUACAUCACACAAGUGCUCUAUACUUGUUGGGUAAUAUUACAGUACACAUUAUUAAACAACUAAUGCACUGCCUAACAUGGUGCAAAUAAACCAUUCAAUGGCCAUACUACUGUCUGCCAAACCAAUGUGCUAGAGUUGACUUUCUAACUGGCCACAAAAUCAGUGAUUUGAGUGAGUUCUGCAAUAAUAAAAGAGUAAAACAAUUACACAAUAAUUACUUCUGUAAAAAGUACAGUAAACAGCAACAACAAAACACUCUCAAUGAGUAACCUAAAGUGACACUUUCAUCAGUGCAAUCAAUGUUAAGGGAGGGGAGGUGUCGUCAGACUUGUCGGUGAUGUGGUGUACUCUUUUUAAGUGGGUCUGCAUGUUUGUGGUGCCGCCGUUGUACGGCUUCUUAACGCAGCAUUCUUUGCAAAUGACGGACGUUUUGUCGAGCUUUCCGUCUUUCUUUGCAAAUCCGUAGUGUUUCCAAACAUAUGAUUUAAACGUAGCGGGUGCAUUACAUAUAAACUCUUUCUCGCUGCUGCUCACUUGAAUGUGGUCCAUGCUGUUUUAGUAGUAGUGCAUUGUAUGUCCCUCACGGCUUCCGUCCAUAUUCAAUACAAAACGUGAAAAAAUGAUGGUGCAUUCAAUGCGCCUGGGAAACAGCAGAUUGGGUGAAGUUUAACAUGAAUAAAACGGCGCUUGCAUCGGAUUUUACCGAUACCCACAAACGCAUCUAGAUGAAUCUAGAUUUAACCCGUCAAUUGCAUCGAUACCCAGUGAAUGAGCCGACGCAGUCGCAUCGCGCACAUGCGCAUCGAUGCAUCGAUUGAUAUCGAUUAUUUUCCACACCCUUAAUCGGCACAUGCCUAGUUCAGAUGCGGUGAAAAUUGGGGGUUAGAGGACGUUUCCUUCAUCAGAAUCUUUAUGAUCGCAUGUUAUCUGAGCGUUAUCUGACCCUUUUCCCCUCUCCCUCCCAGACACUAACUCUCCACAGAGCACGUCUCCUUGCUCCAGCUCUCCCAGUUCCCCAGCUGCACAUAUCCGGCCCAGCUCUCUGCACGGCCUGGGCUCCAAACUCAGCUCGCAGCGCUACACCAAGGUGGGCCGCCGAAAGUCAACCAGCAAUAUCCCCCCAUCGCCCCUGGCCUGCACUUCCUCCUCAUCCUCCACCCAGCCUCUUUCUCCACAGCGCUCUCCUUCUCCACUCUCUGGCUUCGCCAAAACCCUCCACACAUACCACGGCAAAACCCUGUCCCCGCCAACCAUUGUUAGACACAUGGUCCGGCCCCGCAGUGCUGAGCCACCUCGAUCUCCUCUGUUAAAAAGGGUGCAGUCGGCCGAGAAGCUCUCUGGUGUGUACCACGCUGAUAAGAAGUCAUACACCCCCCGCAGACACACACUUGAAGUGCCGUUCUACGGUGAAGCAGACCUGCUGGGUGACUCGGAGGCUGAGGGUGCCUGUGGAGGCUCCUAUGUCGGGGUGGAUCACAGCAGGCUGGGAGGAUACAUAAGCAGCCAGAGAGUCGAACGGUCUGAGCAGCUUGUCGUGAUGCGAAAGCUUAACCUGUCGGAGCGACGAGACUCGUUUAAGAAGCAGGAGGCGGUGCAGGAGGUGAGCUUUGACGAGCCAGAGGAGAAAACCAGCACCACAGUCACCGUGACAACCACAACUCCAGGGGCCCAAACGCAACGUCAGCACGAGCAGAAGAAAGAACACAGGAUGGCCUGGCUGCUAACCCGACCCCAGACCAGCGAGGAGGUGGAGCUGGAGGUGCCGGUGGUGAGGAGGUUCACACUGGUGCCUCAGAUCGCCGUACAGGGCUCAACAGAGAGCGAGGAGCAGGACGAGUGGGAGCCAUGUUCAGACGGGGAGGAUAUCAACGAGAAAUCAGAGCCGGAGGAGGACGUCACUUCAUCUGAGCCCCAACAGGCGGGGUGCCCAGCCGCUGAGAGCAGCUGCAGUUCAGAGGUAGAGACCUCCUGCUCCUCCUCCAGUCCUCCGCCGGGGGGACAGUCAGAACGCAGAGAGGCGCCUGAGCAAAAAGGGCAUCAGAGGAAGUGACACCUCGGCACAGCCCUCAUUACUACUUCUCAUAUCUUAACUUUCAAGUCUUCAGAACUCAUUGACUAACUUUUCACGGUGAGAGUGAAAGUGGGAGAAGAUUUUACUUGAAUUUUGUAAUUGUAAAUAUUUGCCUUGAGGCAUUGCAGACAUUCCUGUCUUAUUUAUUACAUUUGUAAACUAUGACAAGUAUAUAAAGGGAAAGAGGGAAGUUCUCAUUGGUUGUUUAGCCAAGGCUCUGCAUUUUUGUAUUCAUGCUGUAAAAAUGUGUUUUUAUGUCUUUUGACUGGAUUGGGAUUUUUUAAAUAAAUGUCUAUUUUUUGAAUAAACUGCUGCAGCAUAGAGUAGUUUGAUAAAGCAGGGCAUAAACAUUGAAGGACCAAAUGGUACAAGAAGUCAUUUCAGGAGCUGAAGUUGUGUUUACUUUUUUUUCUUAUUAUUAUUCUAAUUAUAAUUAUUGUCAGUGCAGCUUCCAGUGGUAAAAUACAGACAAGAUUUCCUUUAACCCUAAGGAGAACCGUGGAUUCACACUGAGAGCAACAUGAUGGAUGAUUGAACUACUACAGCUGCAGUCUUGGCGCUGUCUCUCAGUCCAGCAAGCAUAUGCAUUAUUGGAAAAAAAAAUCCUACUUUUGUUUAUAUAUCGGUCUAAAUAGUAAAGCUUUGCACAGCUAAAAUUCUUCCAUCAAGAGCACUAUUGUUCCUUAAACAAUCACCAGAGUGAGGAACUUGAAGAAAAGUUAAGAAAAGCAAAAUUAUCUCCUGACAUUUUGCUCUGUAAGAAAUCAAAGAACUUCCACUGACUUGUUGAUCAUGUUCCUUGCAGUGUGAAUUCAAGAUCAAAACAGCGAGCGUGACUUUAAAAUUCAGUCUAUGAAGAAGAGAUGAUGAAGCUGGCUCAGAUAAAGGGUCUUUAUUAUGUGCCAUGCCGUCAGUGCAGUGUCCUCUAAGCCAUAUCUUUUAAAGGCUGAUGCACCGUUCUUAAUCAUUUGUGCUGUUUGCAAUCUCAGACAUGAAUUUUAAAAAAAAGAAGCUCUGCAUGAUGCAGAACAUUAAACUCUGUUGUGGUUACUCAGUGCAAUCUUGUAAUGUGUCACAGAAGUAUCUUAAAUCAUUCUUCUACACACAUCUGCAAACGGUGGCUUUGCCUCGCUGUGAUAACUUCGUACUCAAAGCAUGCAACUUAGAGAGAUACCAUAGAGCAGCCAAAUCAAAGUCUGCGUCUUCCUCUGUUUGUGGAGGAAAUAUUUUAUUUUUAAACUCUUAGGUAUUUUUUUUUUCCCCUUUCUUGAAAAACAUUUUGUACCUGGAAUUGUGCUCGAUUCUUGUAUAGCUGUCCAGUUUGUUUUUGUUUCUUUUUCACGAGCAUGCAACAAAUGUCAUGCAGAAAAAUACCCAUUCCUACUUCGAUUACCGUGUAGUGAUGUUUACAUUGAGGGGAAAAGUGCACUAAUGUAUUUUGACAUGAAUUUUUGUACGUGAGUGUUGCAAGUAAAGUGAAAAUGGAGGAGAGGAAAUCAAAUCCACACCCAGGGCUUCUGUUUUGUGUCUUUGUAUUGUACAAAUAUUGAUGUAUAUUUUAAUAACAGGUUGUGUGUUUGAAAGACAGGAUAUGCAUGAUGACAAUGAAAGCAUGAGGAUAUGAGGAGUCUGGCUGGAGAAAGAAUCAGAACAGUAUUUCACAUCCAGCACACACUGGAUGCUGCUCAUCUUUUCCCACCGCAGUGACAGAUUUCAGAAGUUUGUCGUCUUAUUGUUGGUUGCUGUUGCUUGAUUUUGUAGACGUUUUUCCUACAAGUCUUCAGUUUAAAGUAUCCAAAUUAAAGUCCUCCUUAAGAAGCCCUUAACUCUCAUGUCUGUGUCUUUCUGAGAUGCUUCUGUGUAAAUGAACAACCCCCGUAUUCUGAGGUGUCGCCAGUUUUCCACGAAUUUGUUUACAAUGAACGAACAAGCUAUGUACUGUACAGACGUUUUUUUUACCUGUGACUGUUUCUGUUGAAGCUCCUCUCUUUGAUACCAUUGAAGAAAACAGUCCUCAGAGCUGACAACAUAUCUGACUUGUUCUUUUGAAACUGUUCAUACAGAGUAAUUCAGCACUGAGCUGAGAAGCUUUAAGUGUUUCACAUGCAUUUUUAUGAACCUGACUAUUGCUGCUUUUGGAAAACGCCAGCUUUUGUAGAUGUUGGUCAUGCAACCAUAGGCUCUUUUGGUUUGUAAAAAGAGUCUUAUAUUGGCAUGCUUUCAAAAUAAAGAUGUCAUCAUGGGGGCAGUGAUGCAGAGGAAGAUUAUGUAACAACUCUGUGCAAAUGUUCAUAACAAAACAGAAUAAAGUCAAACUACAAUAGCUAAUUUAGCAGAAAUCAGAUACGGCACAGUCCAUAAGAUAAACUACAUUCUCAUGAAUACAUUACUAAAAACAGAAACUCUGCCAGUCUUCAUUCAGAAAUGAUACCAUUAAUUAUUUUCCUCCUGGCAUUUUGGUUUAUUAAUUGAAUGUUGAUAUAGUCUUCUUGAAUGACUUCCUCUGUUGAAAGGUCUGCUCUGCCUCAAGAAUAAUACGUCACAGUAACUAUUGUAAUGACAAAAAAAAAACAGCAACCUUCAGCAGCUGGAGUUCAGUGAAGAUCCUCAGCCUCUGUUUGAGUUACUCCUAAAGAACAAACAAGCAGGUUAAACUGUUGUACAUGUGCACGUGUUUUCCUGUGGACUCCCUUGGUCAGUGCAUGCUGCAUGAAGACAAGCACACAUCUGUAAUACUUGAUUGCAUGAUAUUCUGGCGUUAUUUUGCCAUCUACUGUUUUAUCUCGUGAAACAAAUUAAAAUUUUAUCUCUCUUUGACUCAGCCUCCA